AUGGCAAAGGACCAAGAAAUUCAAGCACGAAGCUUACGUUCCAUGUCAGUGGACACCCUUCUGUAUGAGGUGGCACGUGUUCAAAUUUCCGACCCCGGCGUAAGCUACCUGAGCACAGAAAAAAUCCUAAGUGUACCACCUGGACCUCCAUUGCGAGCAGGCCAGAAGAAUAUCAUCGUGAUCUACUGUGGAGCUUUCAACCCUCCCCAUACCGGCCACGUCGCGUGCCUAGUCGAUGCUCUGCAGCACAUGGCCAAGGACCCCACUCUAUGUCACUUUGUCGCCUGUAUCGUGGUUCCCCUGGAUGAAGAGCUUCUGCUACAGAAAGAGAAAAGAAAAAGAGGCGAUAAUCCGCGAGCCUCUGAGAUUAAUCCUCCAAUAAUCCUGAGCGGCAAGGACCGCGCUGACCUCCUCUCGUCGUACAUUCACUCUGCCGCCUCCGGACUCGACGCCCAUCUCCGCUCCAAGGUCCACGUCUGGGCGCCUGCAGACGCAAAGACAAUCACCGACAUUCCACGGCUGAUAGCGGCCGAGGCCAAGAACAAAGGUUUCGAAAUGGAUUUCAUCUUCGUUCGAAGCUGUGAGUACAUGUAUUAUGGUGACAAGGGAGCCACCCGCUACCCGCGAGCGAUCCACCCGCAGUGUAGUAUGGUCAUUUUCACCAACGUCGGAGGAAGAAAUAACGACGGGGUCUGGCAGGCUGAUGGUAGCCCACUCGCGCAAGAGGAGCCAUGGACGAAAUGGGAGGCCCUCGUCAUGAGCCAAGAUCUCGAAAAGGGGGCCAGGAGAACAGUGUGGUCGACAAAGUCCCCGACGUCGGAACAGAGGAUACUUGAUACGCGGAACACUCUGAAGUCCGAGUCGUGCUUUAGUUCAACUGAAAUUCGAAGGCUCUUGUACAAAGGCAACUUUGAGGACCGUGAGACCCUUGAAAAAGACCUUCAUGAGGCUGGGGCGAUAGAUGCCGGAAGGCUGAUCGGGAUGCUUGAAGACUGGGUUGAUCAGAGGAGUACGUCAUUUAAUCGGUAG